AUGGGGUUUGGUAAUACGCGGCCCUGCCAAGUCCACUUAUCUCUUUAUCCGAGAGUAAAAUUCGGGGAUCGAUUUCGUUCUUUUCAAAAAUCAUGGUACGAAACUUUUAAAUGGUUAGAAUACAGUGAAAGUAUAAACGCAGCAUUUUGUUUUUGUUGUCGAGCAUUCUCUUCGAAUAAUAUAAUUAAAAAAGGUCAUAUCGAUCAAUCGUUUAUAAAGAAAGGUUUUACUAAUUGGAAAGGUGCCACUGAAGCUUUUAGACUACACGAGAAGUCACAAUGUCAUAUUGAUAGUGUGAUAUCGUGGGAAAAUUUAAAAAAAGGAAUACCCAUUGAUGUUAAGUUGGAUAAACAAAAAGAAAUCACAUUAGCAGCUCGUGAAAAAAUACGUUUAGGAAACCGGGAUAUCAUCAAACGUUUAAUUGAUGUUAUAAUUAUAUUAACCAAAAGCGGAUGUUCAUUCAGAGGACAUCUUGAGCAUGAAGAUAGUGUGAAUAAAGGACUAUUUUUAGAAAUCGUAGAUCUACUCAAACGAUACGAUCCUAUUAUAAUAAAUCAUUUAGAACAUGGUCCUAAGAACGCACAAUAUUUGAGUGGAAAGAUUCAAAAUGAAUUAAUAGCCUCAGUUCAUAAUGUGAUGUUUCAAGAAAUAUGCAAGAGGUUAAAUGGUCAACAGAUUGCAGUUAUGGCUGAUGAGACCAGUGACUGUGGUCACAUUGAGCAAAUGGCAAUCGUAGUAAGAUAUUUUGAUGAUGUAGAAAAUAAACCUAUCGAAUUAUUCAUCUCUCUGCAGCGUCUAGAAACUACUGAUGCACAAUCCAUUUUUAAUGUUUUAAACACAAUAGUCCAUAAGUUAAAACUCGAUUGGCUCUCUGUUUCUUCCGUUUGUUUCGACGGCGCAGCCGCAAUGGCAGGUCAUAUUUCUGGAGUUCAGUCCCGAUGUAAAGAAAAAAACUCUAAAAUAUUAUACGUACACUGUUUUGCUCAUUGCUUAAACCUUGUACUUGUAGAUUCUUGCAUUUCGCGUAAAGAGAAUAGUAUGAUUUUUGAUUUUUUUGGAACAGUUCAAAUAAUAUACAAUUUUAUUGAAGGCAGUCCAUCUCGACACGCGGUUUUUGAAAAAAUUCAAAAAAGUGUUGGUGUAAAAUUAAAGACUUUAAAAUCCCUUUCAACAACUAAAUGGGCUUGUAGGGCAGAAGCUGUAACAGCAAUUCGAGACAACUUCUCGGUUAUAAUUCAGACAGUUAAUGAAAUAAAUUAUUCAACUAAGCAACCAGAAAUAAAACCUAAAGGAAAGGGUAUUAUUUCCCAAUGCUUAAAUUUUAAUUUUAUCAUCUGUCUCGAACUGAUGCAUCCUAUUCUACAGUUGAUUGUAAAAGUUAGUAGAGUACUUCAAGAUCCCGGAUUAAGUAUUUUGACAGCUUUGGAAGAGAUUAAGUGUCUUUGUUUGGCAAUAGAAAAUAUGCGUUCCGAUAGUUUAUUUUAUGAUGAUAUUUAUGAUCAAAGUCAGCAUAUUUGUGAAGAACAUGGCGUAAACAUACCAUCAGUCAGACCUAGAAAACUGCCUGCACGUAGAGAUGAAAAUUGGAAAAAUCAGUUUGUAUUUGAGACCAAGAAAGAGGAAAUCCGAGUUUCUACAAUGUAUCCAUUGAUUGAUUCGUUAGUACAAGGAUGUGACGAACGUUUUAAUCAAGAAAGCACUUCAAUCAUUACUGGUGUGGGGAAAAUGUUAAAAUUUGAAUUGAGCAAAGAUGACAUUAAUUUAUUGACAAAUCAUUUUGAUUUAUCAAAGGACGAAUUUGUAAGUGAAAUACAACUUUUGAAGGCACGAAACAAAGAUGAUAUUCUUACUAAUAAAGACUGUGCAUUUUGGUUAAAAUGGUUACGAGAAAAUGGUAUUGAGACCAUUUUUUUUCAGCAUAGAAAAGUAUUAAAAGGUUUCUCUGUCAUACCAGCCACAAGUGCUUCGUGUGAAAGAGCUUUUUCGAAGCUAACACAUAUUAAAACUAAGCUACGGACGACAAUGACUCAAGGGCGAUUGGAAAAUUUAAUGCUUCCAUAUAUUGAACAAACCAUGGCAAAAAAUGUCGACAUUAAUGAUGUGAUCGAAGAAUUUAAAAGAAUGGUCCCAUAUGAACGUCGUUUAGCUUUAUAA